CUUGUCUCAACUACAUCGUCCUGGGCCUCCCAUUUAUUUCCUGUCCAACUCUGCCACUUCCUUGCUAUUUUUCUUUCUAGAAUAUGGCGACAGUACUUCGAAUCUUGCCGAAACUCUUUUAAUGUGUUGCGGCGUCUGGUCUACCGUCCCCCACUUAACGACCAAUGCAUAAAGAUACUCGUGAUGGGUAAUUUAGGUGACCUGUCCCCACAGGGGAGUGUCGCGGUCGGAGUUGUCGUUGGACUGGUUUCGACCAGUCUCCAGGCCAUUGGAUUGACCCUCCAGCGCAAAUCGCAUAUCCUCGAGGACGAGAAACACCCUUACGAUCUCCGCCGGCCACCAUACAAGCGUCGAAGAUGGCAGCUGGGCAUGCUAAUGUUCGUCAUUUCGAACAUCGUUGGGAGUACUAUACAAAUCACUACACUUCCGCUUCCGGUAUUAUCGACUCUCCAAGCUUCCGGGCUCGUCUUUAAUACCGUCUUUGCAACCUUGAUUUUGGGGGAAGCGUUCACCAGAUACUCCCUUAUAGGUACCAUCCUGGUCUGUAUCGGCGCUAUUCUCAUAGCAACCUUCGGGGCCAUUGGGGAGCCUGCACACACCCUCGAUCAACUCCUAGAACUCCUCCAGCGUUGGAAUUUUAUUCUUUGGAUGGCUGGAACAGCUGUACUGGUGCUGGUCAUCUUACUCGGCUCAAGACUUCUGAAGUACUUCGCGUCUCCAUUUCGUUCAAAACACUCGAGUUCCCGCCAUCCUUAUGUGCCACAUCUACAACUGACCCAAGGCCGUUCUCGGCUAAUACGUGGUUUAUGCUGUGGACUAGUAAGCGGGAUUCUAUCGGCACACGCUUUACUUUUGGCAAAAUCGGCAGUUGAACUGCUUGUACGAACGGUCGUGGAUCGUGUGAAUCAGUUCAACCGAUGGCAGUCAUGGGUAAUAUUGAUUGCAAUGAUCACACUUUCUCUCACGCAGCUCUUCUACCUACACCGAGGCCUGAAGCUAUGCAGCACGAGCGUUCUCUAUCCGUUUGUCUUUUGCAUUUAUAAUAUCAUAGCCAUUCUGGACGGUCUUAUCUAUUUUCGUCAGAUGUCUCAGUUGACCGGCCUUCAUGCUGGACUUAUCGCACUGGGUACUCUUGUGUUGCUAAGCGGGGUGAUGUGUCUCUCAUGGCGAUUAGAAGUCAUCGAUAGUCAUGCCGCUGUAACGGUUGUCGGCCCAUCUCAGACCGCACUGGGUCCUGGAAUGGCCGUUGUCGAGGAACACCCUCGCUCAUCCCUCGAACUGGGGCUAGAAGACGAAGAAGACCAGGCCGGAGAGCAUGAACCUCUUCUAUGGAAAGCCUCUCACCGCAGAGCUUCUCACCGACGAACUCCCAGCUUACCUGUACUCACCCCUCAAGGGAGUUCGGCAGACAUGGAUCCAGCAUCCAUUUGGGCGGAGCUCGACGAGUCGGAUUUUGAUUACGCUGACCCGGACUCCCGGACACCGUUACUCAAACGACUCUCUGCCGAUCCAUUUCAAACCCGAUCAAGAGGAAAAACCAAGUCUGUCACCCUGAAAGACGCCUCCCUGCGCGGACAACGCCACUCAUCAACCAGCCCACUUAGCCAUCAGACCUGGAGUCCCCGCAAGGUUCGACCUUCCAGCUUCCAGCCCGGACACCAACGAAGAACUUCAGCCCCAACGCCCGACAACUGUCGAGCGCCCCAAAAGCGGCGCACAUAUGCCGGCGGCUCUUCUUUCUUUGACAUCUCUGGCCUCGGAUACGGAACUCAGGACAACCGCUCCGACACUCCCUCCUCCCGUGAACCACCACCACCACCACUACCCACCGACACAGACGCAACGCCCCUCGCAGGCACGAGCAGUGGCGCUCUAGGAACCGCAUGGCAAACCGGUCUACGGUACCUCUCUCGCUUAACCGGUGGUCAACGGCGGAGCGACCAAAGAACUCACGAUGAUCCCGAACACAACCCGGACACCCAUACAGAUAGAUAAUAUCCCUGCAUCCGUUAUCAAUGAGCCAAGAAAGGACUGACCUUCCCAUAUCCCAUUGUAUAUUAUAUCACAAUAUUCUUAUAUCUGCUUAUGAACCAUAGUCCAACACAGUCGGAAAUGCUCAUCCACCCUACAUCCAUGUUUACUCUUUGAUUUACUUGACCGGAACUAACCAGGGAUGGUAUGUUGAGCGACCUUUGGAUUUGGGGAAAGUUACUGGCUACUCGUGUAACGGACAUGGUUUGUUUUUCCCCCUUAAUUCUAUUUAUUUCUUUUUUAGUUUUUGCCCUUCAUAUCAUAUAGCGUGGACGAUGAUACCUUGGAUUAGUUAGAUUGGCGGUAGACUUUCCUGACUCUGGGGUUUUUAUUUUGGAGUAUUCGUUCUUUCAAACUACCUAUGGAAUGGACUUCCAGUUCUAGACCAAGGUCCAAACAUGUGACUGAAAUCUAGUGGAAACAAGUAAUAUUAUGCGUGGGAGUACUGUCUCCCUUGUUUGUUCAGUUACAAAAUGAGGCAAAAGAAGAGCUCC